GUCAGACUUUGGAUACAUGUAGAAGAGAGGUAGGCUGUUUGAGGCCAGAUCGUGGAGGCCUUGAUGUCACACUAAGGGUUAAGGCGUCUCCCAGAGGAUUUAACACUGUGCUAUCUUCGUCCAAGCCUGGGGAGCAUUUCCUCUCCCAGAAGCCCCUUGAAGGACACAUUAUAGAUGCAGGAAGACGUUGGACGAGGACAGCCCAGCUGAAGUGAGGUUCAGGGUAGAUCGUGGCCAUGGCCCUGGAAUCCCAGGCCCAGGCCUCUCCCCGACCCGAGCCUGAAGAGCUCCUGAUUGUGAAACUGGAGGAGGACUCCUGGAGAUCAGAAUCCAAUCCCCGGGGGAAGGGCCGUGAGCUUGUCCCUGGCCCUGAGGUCUCCCGCCAGCGCUUCAGGCAGUUCCAGUACAGGGAUGCAGCUGGACCCCACGAGGCCUUCAGCCAGCUCUGGGCACUCUGCUGUCGCUGGCUGAGGCCGGAGAUCCGCCUCAAAGAGCAGAUCCUGGAGCUGCUGGUGCUGGAGCAGUUCCUGACUAUCUUACCCAGGGAGGCCCAGGCCUGGGUGCAGGCACACCACCCGGAGAGUGGUGAGGAGGCGGUGGCCCUGGUGGAGGACUGGCAUCGAGAGGCCCAGGCUGCGGGAGAGCAGGAACUGGAAUUGUGUGCAGAACAGACCAGGUCCUUAAAGGCAAGGCAGGAAUCUCAAAGCUUUCAGCUGCAGCCAGCAGAUCACUGGCCUGAGGGACAGUCCCAGAAGCAGUGGGUGAAGAAUCCAUGCCCUGACUUUCCCAAGCAUCUAGACACCAAGAUGGCACCACAGCCCCUGAGAGAGAGUGCUGUCCUCACUCCCCGAGUCCCUACUCUCCCAAAGAUGGGGAGCGUUGGAGAUUGGGAGGUGACAGCUGAGUCCCAGGAAGCCCUGGGCCCUGGCAGACAUGCUGAGAAGGAGUUCCGCAAGGACCCGCCAGGAGACAGCUGUGGGAACGGCGUGUCCCUGGGAGUUCCAGUUUUAAAACCAAAUACUAUCUCCCAGCGAGAGCAAGGACCAGAAUUUUGGGGUCCAAGCCUUAUAAAUUCUGGGAAAAGGAACACUGCGGAUUACAGCCUGGAUAAUGAACAAACAAAACCAGCUCAGGCCGUGGCUUGGAGGGACUCCAGGGCCUGGGAAGAACAAUGCCAGUGGGAUGUGGAGGACAUGAAGGUGUCAGGUGUGCACUGGGGCUAUGAGGAGACCAAAACUUUCCUGGCAAUUUUGAGUGAGUCUCCUUUCUCUGAAAAGCUCCGGACUUGUCACCAGAACCGCCAGGUAUACCGGGCCAUUGCAGAGCGCUUAAGGGCACGGGGCUUCCUGCGGACACUGGAGCAGUGUCGCUACAGGGUCAAAAACCUCCUACGGAAUUACCGGAAAGCCAAGAGCAGCCACCCACCAGGCACAUGCCCCUUCUAUGAGGAGCUGGAGGCCCUGGUGAGGGCUCGGACAGUCAUCAGAGCUACAGACCACCCAGGAGAGGCUGUGGCACUCCCUAGGCUGGGGGAUAGUGACGCAGAGAUGGAUGAGCAGGAGGAAGGGAGCUGGGAGCCCGAGGAAACGGCAGAAGACUGUAACGGGGAUGACCUGGCCACCGAUGAGUCUGCCCAGAGGCCCAGGAUUCCCGGGGGCCCAGCUCUGUUCCAGAGUCGUAUUGCAGGUGUGCACUGGGGCUAUGAGGAGACCAAGGCCUUCCUGACCAUUCUCAGUGAGUCUCCAUUCUCUGAAAAGCUUCGCACCUGUCACCAGAACAGCCAGGUGUACCGGGCCAUUGCAGAGCGGCUGUGUGCACAGGGCUUCCUGCGGACACUGGAGCAGUGUCGCUACAGAUUCAAGAACCUCCUUCGAAGCUACCGGAAAGCCAAGAGUAGCCACCCACCAGGGACAUGCCCCUUCUAUGAGGAGCUCGACUCACUGAUGAGGGCUCGGACUGCAGUCAGAGCCAUGGGUACCCUCAGGGAGGCAGCUGGUCUCCCUAGGUCUGGGCAGAGCAAUACUGAAGCUGAUGACGAGGAGGCCUGGAAUGAGAUGGCAGAUGAUGAUGCCACCAAACCUCCAAACCCAUGUCCUAAAACCCCAAACACUGGUUUUGAGAUGAGGCAUGAGGAUGAAGACCAGAUUUCAGAGCAGGACAUUUUUGAGGAUUUGCCUGGAGCCUUAUCAAACUGUGCUACAGAGGGUGUUUGCCACCCUUAUGAUUGGGGGGAGGACAGUGAAAAUGAAAAUGAAGGUGAAGGGCAGUGGGGAAAUCCCCCCCAGGAACAGUGGGAAGAAUGUUCUUCUGAAGAGGACUUAGAAAAACUUAUUGACCAUCAAGGCCUGUACCUUGCGGAGAAGCCCUACAAGUGUGACAUGUGCGUGAAAAGCUUCAGUCGGAGCUCCCACUUCAUCGCCCACCAGCGGAUCCACACAGGUGAGAAGCCCUAUGCGUGCCUUGAAUGUGGGAAAAGCUUUAGUGACCGCUCUAACCUCAACACCCAUCAGAGAAUCCACACUGGAGAGAAGCCCUACACAUGCCUGGAAUGUGGGAAGAGCUUUAGUGACCACUCCAAUCUCGUCACCCACCAGAGAAUCCACACGGGGGAGAAGCCCUAUAAAUGUGGGGAAUGUUGGAAAAGCUUCAACCAGAGCUCAAACCUUCUGAAACAUCAGCGAAUCCACCUGGGAGGAAAUCCUGACCACUGUCGUGAGCCUGGGGACCACUUUGGCCAAAGCCCAUCCUUCGGUGCUCACUGGAGGAACUCUGCAGAGGAGCCAACUCCUGAACAACCUCAAAGUGCCAGGAAGAACUUGAAUCCUCCGGGACCACAGAGCACCAACUCAGGGGAAAAGCUUUACCAGUGUUCCGAAUGUGCAAGAACCUUCUCUAAGAGCUCUGCCCUCAUCAGUCACCAAAGAAUCCAUACGGGGGAGAAACCGUAUGAAUGUGCUGAAUGUGGGAAAAGCUUCAGUAAGAGCUCCACGCUGGCCAACCAUCAGCGAACCCACACUGGGGAGAAGCCGUAUAAGUGUGCGGACUGUGGGAAAUGCUUCAGCGAGCGCUCCAAGCUCAUCACGCACCAGCGAGUGCACACAGGGGAGAAGCCCUACAAAUGCCUCGAGUGUGGGAAAUUCUUCCGCGACCGCUCUAACCUCAUUACUCACCAGAGGAUUCACACGGGAGAGAAGCCUUAUAAGUGCAGAGAAUGUGGGAAAUGCUUUAACCAGAGCUCCAGUCUUAUCAUUCACCAGAGAAUCCACACUGGGGAGAAACCCUACAAGUGCAUGGAGUGCGGUAAAGACUUUAACAAUAGCUCCCACUUCAGCGCCCACCGGAGAACCCACACAGGAGGGAAGGCAUCGUAGGAGACACCUCCUCCCACAACAGAAGAGAUAAAUGUAUAUUUAAAUCCCCCAGAUGUAUGCUAGAAAGAAACGUUCCCAAUUUUUAAGUUUGGUGUAUACCCAGGGAAGUUAAAUCUUGAUAUAAUCCAGGUAAUUCGGAAGUGAAUUAUAAAUGCUAAGGAUCCAGAUUUGAAGGCACUUUUCUUAAGUGUAAUUUGUUUUUCUCCUGUAAAAAACCCACACACAGUCCUCAGGCUGGGCUUAGAUUUGCUGUCAUGUAAGAGCUUUAUCAGUGUUUGAGCCAAACUGGUAACUUAGGGGAUUAGAGGUAAGUCAGUGGUCCUGAACAGUGAUCCCAAACCUCGCCAUGCCUUCACACCGGCCACAUGUGCACAUGUCCUGUUGGCAUAUUGGCACGUUCUCACACAUGGUAGUUUUCAGUUGAGCGUAUCCUCACGGGAGAACUUUGAGCCUCUGGUGAGAGAGGGGGAUAACUGAGAAUCAGUGGCCUAGAGCAGGCCACCGUGAGCUCAACAAAGAGUAGGAACAACAGUGACAUCAUUGUGAAAUCAUGAUUAAUACUAGCAAAAGUAGCCAGUGUUUGUUGAGCGUUUGCUUUCUGGGGGGCUGUAUGCUAAGCACUUUAGACACAUCGUCUCAUUUAAUCCUCACCGCAGCCCCGUGAGGUAGGUACUCGUAUUCUCCCCAUUUUUCAGAGGAGAAAACUGAGGCUUGGGAAGGUUAAGUCACACAUCUGAAGGGGGCAGAGGCAGGAUUCAAUCCAAUCCGUCUGUCUCCAGAGCCUGAGGUGCUGUUACCUUUGUGCUGAAUCCCCAUUCACAUCAGGGCAGGUAACUCAGGACCAGGAUCUCCAAGCACUUCCUAGACCACGUUUCCUGUUAAAAUUCUUUUACGAAUUAUCCUUGUAACAAAUACGGAAACAGAGAAUCCCUAAAGAUUGAAGGACAAUGUUUAGAAUUGACAGUGUGCUUUGAGCAAGGCUAAGCAUUUGGUGGGAAUUUCCCUCUUUACAGUACGAUGGGUAGGAGAGAGGUGGGUUGAGAUUGGGGAAAAUACAGAGCCAAAGCGAUGUUUCUUUCAGUGAGGUACUGCUCUGGCUAAGGAAAUGGGGUUUAAGGUUUCCCCUUUCCUUGGGGAGUCACGCCUGCUUCUUGUUGCCCUUGGCUGGGUCAGGUUAGACCUUAGAAACCUGGGCCUGGGCUUUGGCCUCUCUGGCCCUUCCCUCUGGGCAUAGCAGACGCCUGGUCCCUGGCCCCCAUGCCAAGGUGGAGCAGGAGGGCGGUGGAAGGAGUUGGUGUGUGGGGCACUCUGCGGAGAGGACUGAAUGCCGUUCAGGGCACGGUUUUAUCCUGAGCCCGCUCGUCCCAGGCCUGCCCACGGCUUUCUAAGUGUUGUCCCUUAAGACCCGCCUCCCACACAGGCUAGAUUCACAGGAUGGUUUUCUAAGCUGCAGCCCUUUGGCCUCCAGAGUUUCUCCUCAGCAGGGUUUAAAAAUGCUGGCCAAGGGCUUUGGUUUCCAUAGGAUUUUAAAGGAAAACCCCUCUCCUGACGUCUGCCUCUGACACUGGGAUUCCGUUCCUACCCUGGUUAUUUCACAGACCUGGGAAGUGCCUAUCUGAUAACGGAUGGGUUGGAACCUUGAAAAAUGCGACUUUCUGAUCACAUGUGAGGAAGUCAGUGGAGAGGUUUGACUCCCACGGAAUGAUCACUCCUUGACCUCUUCCUUGGCUUCUCGAGACCUAGCUUCCGUGGGAUCCCUGCCUGUCAACUCCUGCCCGGUUUACUUUCCUGGCUCACGAGAUCUCUGAGGGGCAGGGGUCAUGGGUGAGGCUGGACUGGAAUCAGCAGAUGUCAUUAGCUGAAAUAAGAUGCUAUGUAGGGCACCGUAGGAGCUGAGAGGAAGGGCCCUGAAGGAGAGGAAGGGAGUUCCAGGGAAAGGCACAAUGGUGGAAAUAGCAUGGAUUCAGGUGGGGGUGGGACCAUAGCUUCUUAGCACUAUUGGGGUGUAAAAUGGGAGGAGAGGAGUGGUGGGAGCUGAGAUUGGAGGGGUGCUGGGGCAGGGUCAUGGAGGACCCCAUGUCUGAGUGGAGCUUAGAUACAGGCUGAGGGUGGCAUGGUCAGAGGUGCACACAUCUAAUAGCUGAAUGGAACUUGGGUUUGCUACAAUUAGGGCGACCUGUUGGGAUGCUAUUGCAAUAUUCUAGUGAAAAGUGAGGGUCUGAACUAGAGCAGUGGUUACACUGAAGACGAGGGGUGGAUUUGAGAGGUUUCAGAGGCAGAAUUGGGGACAGCACAGGAAAGCUAGAACCGUGGAUGACUGGGCAGAGCAUGUCCUCAUGCAGAAUUGAGAACACGGGAAGGAGAUGCAGCUGGGGCAGGAGGGCAGAAGAUUGUGUUUAAUCCGGGACAUUUUGAACUUGAGGUGCAUAGAGGACAUCUGAGCGGCGAUAUGCAACAGGCACUUGGCUAUGUGGGCCUGAAGCUGGGGGAGAGGUUAGGAGUAGAGAGUUCUCUGUGUGCCUGGUAGUUAAACUCUGAGAACGGGAGUCUUUUCAAACUCAGGAAUAUUGGGGCUUGGACAGAACUUGAGAAGCCCCAAGUGUGGAGGAAGAUGCCCCUCAAAGGAGCUCUAGGCCACUGCCCACACCCCCCAAGCCCUGCACACUCCUGUCAUCUUUUGGACACUGCCUCCAUCCCUGCCGACCCAAAAUUCUCAGUGUAGUCCUGAGUCUUCUGGAACCUUCACUGUGGAGGCCAAGCUGAGCUCUGUGCAGAAGUGAGAUGGCAGCCUCUCCCCACUUGAGUGUCACCCGUUCCCCUGCUAGUGUGCUAGUGUCUCAUGUUCCCAGUGAAGUUUUGAUGUUUAUUACCUGUCACUCCUUUCUCGUAACUCUUAACUGUGGGUUCAGCCGUGAAGGCAAGGGCAGCGUGGGCCGGGAGAGAAGACUGGGCCGGGUGGACCCUCCUCCCUGUGUACCCAGCUCUUCCUUUGGAAGAGGUUCUCUUUCCGGUGGCUUCUGUGUUUGGGUCCUGACCACCACUUUCCCGGGGCACCUGGACAUCCUCCAGCAGGUCUUGGCUGCUCGAAUAAACUGACAUCUGGUUUUACACAUCCUGAGCUUUGUUGACAUGAGUCCGCUCCUGGGGCGGAGCUUCACUUUGCGAACGGGCCUCAGCCUGGGCGGCUGCCGGUCAGACCGUGCUGUGGGGGGAGACCGACACAGUGAAUGCUACCCGGGGAGGGUGGAACCUGUGAGCUGCGUCCCUUCACUUGAUUUCUGUGCCCUCCACCCCAGGAGGGGCGUUGGCUCUUCUGAGGUGACUUAAGGGCACCGAAAGGACUCUCCUUCCACGACUCAGGAGGCAGCGGUCACAAAGGAAGGGGCUGGAAAGGUGGGGCUGAGGCUGCUUUAGAGACCCAGUUUUUUCUUAGGCCUUGGCCUCAGCAGCUGAACUCAUGGUCAUGGCUUUCUCAGCCUUUUGUCCCCACAGCCCCCUGCCCGAAGGAGUAUAAGGUACCUGGGGUCCUCCCAUGCUGAAAAUGUGACCGUCAGGACCCCUGGGUCCCCUGGGUGGUUUCCUCUGCCCCAUCCUGUUCGGGGACCCCUGGUGGGGAUAGCUCUCUGCCUUCAGGCUGCAGAGAAGUUUAUAUUUAGUCACGUUGUGGAGAAGAGUGACGCCCUCUAGGGAUGGGGCAGAGUUGUGCCGUAGUGAUGCAGUGAUGUUCAGAGGCGGGGUGGACUCAUGUUACCCAGGCUGCCCUGGGUCUUGGGACUCCAGACGUCAGUCCCAGGCCUGCUUCUCCAUUUGCUCCCUGCAUUCUGUUCCAUUUGCAUUUUUUGCCACUGGGUGGAAGCUGACGACUUCCAGUUCUGUCUCCUGCCCUGGGCUCUCCUCUUAGGGGCCCAGUCACCUGCCCGCCAGCCCUACGCGGGUGACUCCCGGGCUCCUCCAGCCCCACCAGGCCCACCUGCUGCCGUCUUCGGCCUCCUCGCCCGCACAUUCAGCACGUGCACUUAGGUACGCACUCAGUGGCUCACAGACAAGCCGCCUUCAUGUCCCCAGGGAGUCUUGCACACUCAGACUUCUGACAGACUCAGUCUCCCAGACACAUGUUCUCCCUUCUAAUGGCACUUUCCAGCUGGGUGCGGUUACCCAGCUGCCUGGGAAGUCUUUCUGAAUGGAGUCAGUACCUGCAGUCAGAAUCCUGUGAAACAUCCCCUUACCUCCAUUUUGAUCCCAUUCUUCCUUUAGACGUCCCUUAGCCCCCCUCGUCUUAGCAGCAAACAGCAGCCUCUGCCAUAGAGGUUGGUGCUACGUGCAGUGGGAGGUCAGGGGAGUCUGGGAUGGCAGACACUUUUGUCGUCUUCCCCACAGCUCCUGGCCCCCAACACCGGUAUGACCACUAGCAUAUAUUUAGCACCACUUUUCCCUCACUCUGAUUUUAGGCAAAUCUGGAGUUAACUCGAAAGGCAUAUUUAGGGGGCUAAAGGCACAUUCUUCUUCACCUCACGGUUACUUCCCCCACCCCACGGUGCAGCUGAAUGGCUGGCCUCUCCUCAUUUCCCUCUGUGCAUCUCUCACCUGGCGCCUGUCGGGAACCCUAGAAGGAGCCUGCGCCCAGGAACCCCCUCCCGUGCUGCUUGGGGGAAGAAGCAGAGAAUGUGCGGGGCCCCUCUUCUCAGUGUGCUGUCGGUUCUCCUCCUCUCAAGGCUGAGAGCUGCUUUGUUCUAACAGUCACUUACUUAAGUCAAGAGCAUCAGAACAGUCAAGGGCAGAAUCCAGGUAAACAGUUUGGCCUGGACUCACUGAUCCACAUAGACAUCGAUUUUCUAAUCAGGGCACGGUUAGUGAUUCUCUUGGUGUGUGAUGAUUCUGAUCCUGUCUGCCAUCACAUAGUACUUAUUUCUAAAGUCACAUUUAUUUUUCACAUUUUCAUUGUAGGAAAAUGUUCCAUAAUUGUGCCUCCUAGAGGGGAAGAAGAUUGAGCAAACAAGUCUAUCUCCAAGGCUGGUGUGGAUCAGCAUUGCGGGUUCAUCUGAGCCCAAGCGGGAGAGGAACCACGGGCAGGGCUUGACAGAGCCAUUGUCACUGAAAUCUCUUCUGAGUCACUGGGGCUCAGGGAGCUCCACUUGGUGCCAGGUGACAAAUGUGGCAGAGCGGAAAGGGCUCUUCCCCCUCCUUCCACAGAGAACGUGGCUUGGCUUCAGCACUUUGGGGAAUUCAUAGAUCUCAGAGUAGCUUCUGCAUAUUUAAAGAGAGCAGAGACCAGCAGGAGUGGGUCAAGGGUGUGCCCUGGAGGUGGUGGUGAGAAGCUUCUUUGAAACCCUCAGUGCCAACCUCACCUGGGGUCCAGGUCAGGAGAACACCUCUACAGACAGCACCCAGUGAGGACAGGGCUUGUUCAUGACCACAUCUGAGGUCCCCAACCCCACCCCACCCCACUCCUGAAGUUUCCCAGAAAUAGACAGAGGAGGUGAGGCCAGCUGGGCUGGAGGUCAUGCUGACCCCGUCUGGCACGUCCUGGGGAGACAGAAAACACAGGUGUUAUCUUUGGGGACCUUCCUUGAGAAACUAAUUUGUUAUGAAAACUAGACAUCUGUGAUUGAUUUUCGUCCUCUCUUAGUGACUGUGAAAUUAAAAUGGAUUCAAGUUUGGCUACAAGGAGGCUCAGAAGUUUAAGGUCCAAUCCUAAAAAGGGGACAGGUUCUUUGGGUUUCAACAUGUGCAUCAAUCCAUGCUUCACUUUAUUUGGCCGUGUUUCACUUCCCUAUCCUUUAUUGUUUCGUUUCUCCUGUGGUAUUAUAUAUAUCUCCUAAAGCUGGUCAAAUCCUAUUUUGGUGAAGUGAUCUGAUAAAUUAACAAAUUAUACUGAUUAAACUGGAAAAUAGAAAAGAUGAACUUGUU